AUGAACAGCCAGUCACCAUCACAACAGACUCGCGUCCGUAAAUUUCUCAGACCGGAUGCCACCCCAUUAACUCCUGAAGCUAUCAAAGAAAUCAGAAACGCACCGGAAAAUAUUCCAAAUGCAUGUCGUGUGAUGUGUAAAAAAUACCAUAUAGGUACGAAGCGAUAUGAAGAUAUAAUUAAUAAUCGAAUGCCUUCUGAACCGACUAAAGAGUGGCGGCGUAUUAUUGAAGAAGCGGAGCUUCGAGGCUCUGUGGUUACGCCUGCCUCUUCAGUUAAUAAGACUUGUGUAGCAUGCCCCCCUGCAAUACAGAGCCGUACGACACCGAGACAUGUAUAUAUUUGCGCGCUCUGUGACACACAACCUCCUGGUAGUGCUGAAAUUUUUACCAAGUUAGACACAAAAUCAGAGGCUUUGCCUCACGAGGCUGUGGUACCACUCCCGAACGGACAAGUCUCCGUGGUUACACCUGACUCAUAUGAAAGAGAGUCUUUAGACUCGCCCCUUCGGGCCACUAAUAUGGACUCAAUGGUACCACCGCAGACACUGUCGUUCACUGUCGGAGCACUGUUGCUCACUGUCAGAACACUGUUGUUUACUGUCAGAGCACUGUUGUUUACUGACGGAGCACUGUUGUUCACUGACGGAGCACUGUUGCUUACUGUCAGAACACUGUUGUUAACUGUCAAGAUGUUGUCGCUAACUGUCAGGCUACUGUCAUUUAUUGGCCGUACGCCCGAAAUACAUUUAUGCUUUGCGCGCAAAUGCUCUUUUAACCUGCAAGGAUAUUGA